UAAAUUGAAACAAAUUUUUAGCGUAUUUUUCUAACCAUUUGUGCAAAUAAUUUCGAUUACAUCUCAAAUCUUACAGAUCAAAUCGACCAAUAAAUAUCCUAUAAUAAUAAAUAUCUAUAAACACAAGUCACAAAACUACAUUUAAAUCACGCAAAAUCGACUACGAACUCAUAAGUACAAAUUUCUCGGCGCCCAAUCCUUUCAUCAACUCCGGGAACAAGUCUCGCUUCCAUCCACAGGUUCAUCAUUGUAUACGCAGAAUAAAUGAGGACGCUGGAACCCCCUAAUAAAUACCGAGUUUCUCCAUCACUGGCGUCCACCUUGCUUCCACCCUCUCCAAUCAGGCAUCAGACACGAUCCUCAGGAGGUAGUCAGCCAACCUACUCCUUCCUUCCUUCCUUCCUUCCUUCCUUCCUUCCUUCCUUCCUUCCUUCCUUCUUUCCUUCCUUCCUUCCUUCCUUCCUUUCUUCCUUCUUUCUUUCUUCCUUCCUUCCUUUCCUCGAUUCCUUCCCUUCUCUUCCUUUCUUCCUUCCUUCCUUUCCUCCCUUGCCAAAGCAAUCUUCCAUCCCCGGAGUAAGACAUUGAGGCACCUGCUAGAGUCCAGCUCAAUCAGGGAGUAUAGCGUGGCGGAGAGGAGGCAGAAGGCGGUAGUGGGAGAGCUUGCACGGUAUACUCAGGGAACUGUAUCCGGACGGGGCAGGGGCCCUCGACCGACUGGGUGGUCCUACCGCUUCAGUUGUGUUCCGACGCGCUUCAAGCCAACACUACGAACACUAUUUCGAUCCACCACGGGUGUCGUGUGCUGCCUCUCUCGUCCAACUGCACUGGGCCAGAGCCCCAGACCGAACAGGCGGAACAGGCCACGCCGUGGACCUUCCUACCGGUUCCACGCACCCGUUCCUUCGAUCGUCGACGAGGAGGGACACUUGGAUCGAUCAUCUGUGGUUUACACACGUUGUCGUUUCACACUGUCGUCUCACACUCGUCCAUCCUCCGCAAAAGGUGAUUUUAACAUGCGCAGGACGGGCAUUUGAUCGCGUUUGAUCACGUUUGAUCGUGUUUGAUUCCGUGAUUCCCCACUCCACGCAAGCAUUUUCAAAGGUGACAGGGGUGAAGGUUGCACGGGCGGGGUUCACAGACGAGGACGAAAAGGACGGGACGUGUCGCGGACGUGUUGGAAUGGGAACGACAAGAGAGAUUCGGAGGGAUUGGUUUAGUCGGAGCUGAUUGGCGAAGGUGAAAAGUGUCGGAGGUAGAAAGCUCGUUCCGUGGGAGGAACCGAGUGUGUGGUGCUGGGGAAGCCGAGCGUCUGUCAGACUCGGGGAUCUGUCAAGCCGAAGGAUUGGCCGAAGCCAUCGUCGAGAUUGUUAAUAGCCGCUGACGACUCGUGAGAUGAGAGUAGUCAUUCUUGGGCCUUCUCGAAAUCUUGCGCGAACACAUAUUUUGAUUAUUGUUUCGUUCGUACGAAUCUUAUUUUGAAUUAUUUGGUGAGGAAUACAGUAGUGAUGAGGAAAAGUUUCACGAUGUAAAUUGUGCUAUCAAUAAAUCGGAGAGAAUCGAGAGGGAUUCCCGAAGCGCGAGUUGACGAUUUUGUUUCUCCGUGAGAGGCGAUCAGCCGAUGAUCGGUUGCGGCCGGAUAAACGACGAGAUAAUUCGUUCGGCGGUGAAGUGAAACGAUUCGAUCGGUAGGUGCGAAGGAAGGAGAUGGUAUAAGGGACGAUAACGACAAGGUGGCACGCGGGCUGUAAUCAAAUGCAGGUUUAUUUAGAACGGGCGCUUUGAUAAAGUGGUUAGUGCGAAAGCGUGGAUCGAGCCAAUCAUACCUGAUUGCCUGGACGUGAGUUGUGCGAACCGAGAAAGAGAAGAAGAGAUAUCGUGGAAAAGAGAUAGAAAGGAGCUUCGCAAGAGAAAUCGCUUCGAGUUGCUUGGACACGUACCCAGAUGAAGACGUCCGAUGUUGCGCCACGUGAUUCGUAGAUCGAUCCUCGAUUUCUCGAUUCGAUAGACUUUGCCGAUUGAGGGACGAUUAUCGUGAGUGGAGGAGAUCAGCUUCUGCUUGAUAUCGUGGCUCCCGAUGGACUUCAAAAUGUGAAGAUUCUCCCUUUCGGGAGUGGGGGAACAGGAUUGUCCAGCAGCACGACGGCGAUCGGCAGUGCAGCCACCGGUGGCGGUGGCGGAGCGAGUAGCGGUACGAGUGGUGGAGGUGGCGGUGGUAGUGGAGGCGAAGGUGGCGGGGCAGCCGGCAACGGGACUUCCGGCGGUGAUUUCCUACGCAGAAGUCACCCCCUCUCGGAGCAUACGGCCCUGCAUCCCGCCUACCGGCUCAACUACAUGGACCACCUUUACCACCAGCUUCAGGCCUCCACGCACAGUCCCAACGCCUCGUUACACGGACUGGGUGGUUUGGGGCCCGAGUACCUCUUGCAUGCCGCAGGACCAGCGAGCACCCUCGCUUCUUCAGAAUUCCCUUUUUCCAUUGACGUGUCGGCAUCAUCAAGACUAGGAAGUCCAAGAGCGUCCGCGAUCAGGGCGAGCCGGAAACGGGCGCUAAGCAGUUCUCCAUACUCGGAUCGUUUCGACAUCGACAGCAUGAUCCGAUUCAGUCCAAACAGUUUGGCCUCCAUCGUGAACGGUUCUCGGAGCAGCAGCGCGAGCGGCAGUUACGGCCAUCUUUCCGCUGCAAUGAGCCCAGCUUUGGGAAUGCAUCCGGGAAUGGCGCCUCAUUUGCAACAACUUCAAGCGCAUCUUUUGAGGAGUGCAGCAGCCGCAGCGCUUCUACCCCAUGCUCAUCCUCUGCAACCCCCUGCACCACCUCCACCACCACCUCAUCCACAUCCUCAUGCCCAUGGAUUAUCGCCGCAUUCGCAGUUGUACGCAGGCGUGCCACCCCAUUCUACAGCCUCAGCAACUCUUGGACCUCACGGGGGAGGAUUGCCGCCCAAAACUGAGAGCGCUGAAUCAUGCAGAAAAGCGUCGGAAUCGACAACCAGGUCGGUGACGGCCGAGGCGGAUACAUCUUCGAGGAGAACUUCGACCAAGGUGAAAAGAGAACCUGCGACGACCACGUCGAACGCCACGACGACCACUGCACCACCGACUCAUCCCCAAGGGCUGAGCCCCAGCGAAGAUCUCCGAGACGAGCCCGGUGACUUUAUCGAGACGAAUUGUCACUGGAGAGAUUGUGGUCUUGAAUUUCCAACCCAGGACGAUUUAGUGAAACACAUUAACAAUGAUCACAUACAUGCAAACAAAAAAAGUUUUGUUUGUGGUUGGGAGGAAUGUUCAAGGGAGGAAAAACCAUUCAAGGCACAAUAUAUGUUGGUAGUGCACAUGAGAAGGCACACCGGAGAAAAACCUCAUAAGUGUACAUUCGAGGGAUGUUUCAAGGCAUAUUCGCGUUUGGAAAAUCUGAAGACGCAUCUCAGAUCCCACACUGGAGAAAAACCAUAUACUUGUGAAUAUCCUGGUUGCAGCAAAGCCUUUAGUAACGCCAGUGAUCGUGCGAAACAUCAAAAUAGAACUCAUUCCAAUGAGAAACCAUAUGUCUGUAAAGCUCCAGGUUGCACGAAGAGGUAUACCGAUCCAUCAUCCCUAAGAAAACACGUAAAGACUGUACAUGGUGCAGAAUUCUACGCUAAUAAAAAGCAUAAAGGAGGCGGUGGAGAUGGCGGAGGAAGUGACGAAGCAGGUGCAGGCGGUCACAGCCCUAGCAGAAGCGAGGAUCUUCAUCCGAAGACACCUAGUUUGUCUAGCCCUAGUGUAAAAUCUGAAAGCGAAGCUAACAGUCCACCUAGCAUGAUGCAACAGCAAGGUAGUCCAUUGGUUGGUGGUUGCAACGAUGAAGUUGCUGGCGUAGGUACAUUAACUGGCGAUGGCGUGGCUCUGGCCGAGGAACCUUGGAACGAGGAACCUGAUGACUUGGACAUUGCCGAUCUGCCAGUUGCUCUUCGUGCCAUGGUUGGUGGAAUGGAGUCACAACAACAACAACAACCUCCUCCUCCCGCCUCAAGGAAUCGUUUGAAAGGCAGGUUGAACGCUAAAGGCAUGCCAAAUCUGCCUGUCAGUGUAUCCAGCAUGAGAGGGACACGUGGUAUGGGUCCUCAAGGCAACAUUGGUGAUUUGAACAGGAGGAUUACUGACCUGAAAAUGGAGGGUGGCGGUUCUGCUCGUCAAACGAGCCUAUCCGAUUUACAACUCAGGUUACAACCUCUGAGCGAACCACGAAGGGACAGCAACAGUACAGUGAGCACUUAUUACGGUAGUAUGAAAUCCACGGAUUUCGGUAGCAGAAGAAGUAGCCAAGCUAGUGGAGUCAGUGCUGUUAGAAUGGGUCAGACUGGACCUGGCAGCUUCUACGAUCCGAUUAGUCCUGGAACUUCAAGAAGGAGUAGUCAGAUGAGCACUACUUCUGGUCGAAUGAAUCCACCCAAUCUUCAAGGACCUUACUCUACAAGCAAUCUUGUUGUUCAAACGCAGAAUAUGUCUCUCCAAGGAAUCCAGGGUAUACCAGGAGAUUGGAACGGUCCAAGUGGUCAUUGCACGCAACUAUCCGGUGAUCGUCGUAUGUCAGAACCUACAAGGGGUCAUCAGACUCAAAGAAAUUCACCUCCUGUACCACCUAGGCCAAGAUCAGCUCAACUUCCAGAGCAUCAUCCUAAUCAAGAGGUUAUUCUGGAUGAGGUUGGAGAAGGCGAAAUGGUGGAGAAUAAAUUGGUAAUUCCUGAUGAAAUGAUGCAGUAUUUGAAUCAAGUUCAAGCAGGCGGAACUCAAGUCAAUUGUCGCAGUCCUCUACCUAUUUGUCAAUCACCAAUUUGCACCAAUCCUUUGCAUUAUCAACGUCAAAUACAGCCUACAUGCAACUACAACCAAUCUCAUCAGCAAACCUGUUAUCCACCAUCACAAUCUGCUCAACCUUGCACAAAUUAUCAAAAUACUUCCCCAUCACCUUAUAAUCAAUGCCCUAGCUCUCGACCUCCUCAAUCUAACUCGCAAUACUGUCCUCCACCAACUUAUCCAUCGCAACCAAAUGGUGGACAAGUCCUUAGCCCAGCAGCAGGUCAAGUCAUGUCACCAGGAUCUCAUUACGCUUCCAGUCAUAUUAGCGAUCAACCUCUAACAUCACCAGCAGCUGGUGCUUUAGCACCUCAACACCCUCCACAAAAUCUUCCACAAAAUUCUGCUCAACUAACCAGAAACUGUCCUCAGAACCAUAUGCAUCAUGGCUAUUAUCCUAAUUACAAUUGCCAAGGACAGAUGAACGCAAACUGUACUGGAAAUCCAAAUGGUCAAGUGAACCAUCAUACGAAUUCCGCAUGUGCUCCACCCAAUCACAGCGCUAUGACCCAACAACAAUGUGUGCAGAUGCGUUCAGCUGGCAAUUGUCAACAAUUAUCUUCGCAUUGUACCCAACAACCAGUUAUACCUAAUCAGACAACCAUAAGUCAUCCUAAUACACAGUGUGGUCAAGUUGCCAAUCAAUGUACCAGGCCAAUAGUAACACCCAAUGGUCAGAUGCCUAAUUUACAUCCUGUCCAACAGACCACAGUACCUAAUCAAUGCGCUCAGAUAUCGCCGCACUGUUCUCAAUUAAAUAUGAACAAUCAGUCCAAACCAAUUACCAACAUAACCAAUCUCCAGGGUUGUCAACAACAAGUUCAACAACCAACUACUCCCUGUCUACAAAUGGCCAAUUGUGCUCAUCCCAACAGCGGUCAUCGACCAAUUACAGACAAUACUCUAUCCAAGAGAACGUCACCACAAUUGUGCUCUGCUCAACAAACCAAUUGCAGGAUGCAACAGCAGCAACACACUUGUACGCAUAAUUGUCAAGCUCGAACUAAUCCACCGAAUCACCAAUAUAACUGUAAUUGUCAAUGGGGUUACGAUCAGUGUUAUCACGAGCAAACUGGUUCUACUAUGCCAGAAAUUCAAUGUAGAGACAUCAGUCAAUCUCAACAAGGAUCUCCUAUAAAGCCUCCUCAAGGAAUGAGACAGGAUUCGUACAGAAGAACAUUGGAAUAUGUGCAACAAUGCAGAAAUUGGUCUGGAAAUGCUCAGACUCAUGAGACAAACGUUUCUAGUUCCACUCAUCCAAUGUCAUUGCCGCAGCCAUUGCCAUCUAGCGCCAAUAUGGUAGUAAACGACAUGACUUCGUCUCUGAGCUCAUUGCUCGAAGAGAAUAGAUACUUGCAGAUGAUUCAAUGAAUCUAAAUCAUGAUAUAAAUAUAGAAAUAUAUAUGUAGAUAUAUUUUCUAUAUAUAAAUAUAUAAAUAGAUAUAUUUUCUAUUGCAACUUUUUUAUACUAUCGUUUAAUAAGCGCGAGGAAUACAUCGAUUCAAACUUUUGUAUUUUUGAUAAAGACUAGAGAAUUUCUUCGGUCUCUUCGUUUUUCGAAGAAACGAAAUGUAUUUUGUAUUUGUUGAACAUCAAUCGGCAAUCGAUCACUUAAUUUAAUUAUUAUAUAUUAUAUAAUCGUAGAUUAUAAAUUUAUGAAUGGAUGAUUCUCGGUGAUUAAUUAAUGAUUAAUUAAUAUUAAUCAAAGUGAUUACAAGAAAGUUCAAAUAUGUUAUUUUUUUUUUUUUUUUGCUAAUGUCGUUUGUAGUUUUUUUGUAUAACGAAGUGCCUUAUGGACGAAUUAAGCUAAACGCAUGAGUGUGCAAAAUUUUAUUAAUUUAUUAUUUUUUGAAUAAUCAUAUUUAACAUGUUUAUCAUCUGAAAUUCUUUAAAGCGAAAUUUCUAAGAAAUUAUAGAUUUAUAAGACUAUUGAAAGCACUACGCUUACGCGCGAGAUCUUAUUUGAAUCGAGAGCUUGUUUGGACAGCACAAUAAAAAUAAUAAUAAUAUACAUAUAUUGCGUGAGAAAUUGCGAAAUAUUUUUCGAUAUCUUUGUAUGGUAUUUUUAUAUCACCUUUUCAAAACGUGCCAACAUGUUUUUAUUGUAUCAUCCUAAUUAUAUCUUUUAAUUUUACGACGAGUGGUGUACCAACGUGAUACAGACAAUGAUGUAAUACUUAAUAUCUAAAUAUUACAUUAAAUAUUUCUUGUACAUGAAGACACAAAUUGCUAUCAAUAAGAUUAAAGAUUAAAAGGAAAACGUAGACGGCCAAUAUUAGGAUAUAAACUCUGUAGAUAAAUCAUAGUGAUGUAAGAUAUUAUUAAUUAAUGCUCAUAGACAAUGUGCAUGAUAGUUAUUCAUUUCGUGAGAAUGUAUCAAAUAUGUGUGUGUAUAUGUGCGUAUUCGUUGGUAUGUAUGACUUUCAUAAUUAAAUUGGGGAUGUUUAUGCAAAUUUAUAUUUUUACGAAAAUAAUUAAAGAAAAUUUAGAAAAAAAUAUAUUAUUACUUAGUGCCUUGAUUUCGUUAUUUUGUAUAUUUUUGUAUAUCGUAUAUAUUUUAUAAAUUUUUAUGUAAACAUCCUCAGUUUAUUCAUUAAAAUCAUUGUAAAGAAAAUAAAUCGUAAGAUAGUUGAGAAAGCAUUUUUAGAUUAUUACAUGUUCGGUUGAUCGACCGAAACGAUUUUAGAAUCUCUUUAAUUUUUAUAAAAUAACGUGUGCCUUUCGUAAUCGUAAUUUAUCGUUGGACGAUAAAAAAAGUUGACAAGUGCAUAGAGAAGUCUUAAAAACUUAGCGUACCUAAUGCUGUUUCACAAUUUCCUUUUUUUUUCUUCUAUACAAACGAUUUUGUACGAAUUUUAUUAUAUCCACGAAGUGCGAAAAGCAUUGUGAAUAUUAUACAUAUCUAUCAUAUAGCGUAGUGAUUCAAAUAUGCGAAUGAAAAGAGUAAGUUUUAGACUCUGAAAAUUGUUAAUUAUUUUAAAAUAAAUCAUAUCGAUCCCAUCAACGAUA